CCCCGUCCGCGGCCCCGGCCUCGGCCCCCUCCAAGUACCACCGGGCCCGCUCGGGGGGCGCCCGCGACGAACGCUACCGCUCAGACAUCCACACCGAGGCGGUGCAGGCAGCUCUGGCGAAGCACAAGGAACAGAAGAUGGCACUGCCCAUGCCCACCAAAAGGCGGUCUACGUUCGUCCAGUCGCCCGCGGACGCCUGCACGCCCCCAGACACGUCUUCGGCCUCGGAGGACGAGGGCUCUCUGCGGCGCCAGGCUGCCCUGUCCGCCGCCCUGCAGCAGAGCCUCCAGAACACCGAGUCCUGGAUCAACCGCUCCGUCCAGGGAUCGUCCACCUCCUCCUCCGCCUCCUCUACGCUGUCCCACGGCGAGGCCAAGGGGACCAGCGGGUCGCUGGCCGAGGUGUUUGCCGGCCCCAGGAUAGAGAAUUUCUCCACGCCCCCAGAUGUCACAACUACCUCCUCGUCUUCGUCCUCGGCGCGCCCGGCCAACAUCGACCUGCCCCCGUCCGGGAUCGUCAAAGGCUCGCACAAGGGCUCCAACCGCUCCAGCCUCAUGGACACCGCUGAUGGGGUCCCCAUCAGCAGCCGGGUCUCCACGAAAAUCCAGCAGCUUCUCAACACUCUCAAGCGGCCCAAGAGGCCCCCGCUCAAGGAGUUCUUCGUGGACGAUUUUGAAGAAAUCGUGGAAGUCCCCCAGCCGGACCCCAACCAGCCCAGGCCCGAGGGGCGGCAGAUGACGCCCGUGAAGGGCGAGCCCCUGGGCGUGGUCUGCAACUGGCCUCCUGCUCUGGAGGUGGCCCUGCAGCGCUGGGGCACCACGCAGGCCAAGUGCCCGUGCCUGACCGCCCUGGACGUGAUGGGGAAGCCGGUGUACACCCUCACCUACGGCAAGCUGUGGAGCAGAAGCCUCAAGCUGGCCUACACCCUGCUCAAUAAACUGGGCACCAAGAACGAGCCUGUGCUCAAAUCCGGAGACAGGGUGGCCCUGGUCUACCCCAACAACGACCCGGUCAUGUUCACCGUGGCCUUCUACGGCUGUCUCCUGGCAGAAGUGAUCCCAGUGCCGAUAGAAGUGCCUCUCACCCGCAAGGACGCCGGAGGCCAGCAGAUUGGCUUCCUGCUGGGGAGCUGCGGCAUCGCUCUGGCCCUCACCAGCGAGGUGUGCCUCAAGGGGUUGCCAAAGACUCAGAACGGCGAGAUCGUGCAGUUUAAAGGUUGGCCCCGGUUGAAGUGGGUGGUCACGGACUCCAAAUACCUUUCCAAGCCUCCCAAAGACUGGCAGCCGCACAUCUCCCCCGCCGGGACGGAGCCGGCUUAUAUCGAGUACAAGACCAGCAAGGAGGGGAGCGUGAUGGGUGUGACCGUGUCCCGGGUGGCCAUGCUGGCCCACUGCCAAGCCCUGUCGCAGGCCUGCAACUACUCCGAAGGGGAGACCGUCGUCAACGUCCUGGACUUCAAGAAGGACGCCGGGCUGUGGCACGGCAUGUUUGCGAACGUCAUGAAUAAGAUGCACACGAUCAGCGUCCCCUACUCCGUGAUGAAGACCUGCCCUCUGUCCUGGGUGCAGCGAGUUCACACCCACAAAGCCAAGGUGGCGUUGGUCAAGUGUCGAGACUUGCACUGGGCCAUGAUGGCCCACCGGGACCAGAGGGACGUCAGCCUGAGUUCGCUGCGCAUGCUGAUCGUGACCGACGGGGCCAACCCCUGGUCGGUGUCGUCCUGCGACGCGUUCCUCAGUCUCUUCCAGAGCCACGGGCUGAAACCCGAGGCCAUCUGCCCGUGCGCCACGUCGGCCGAGGCGAUGACCGUGGCCAUCCGCAGGCCGGGUGUCCCCGGGGCGCCGCUGCCGGGACGGGCCAUCCUGUCGAUGAACGGGCUGAGCUACGGGGUGAUCCGGGUGAACACCGAGGACAAGAACUCGGCUCUCACGGUCCAGGACGUGGGGCACGCCAUGCCCGGGGGGACCAUGUGCGUCGUCAGGCCGGACGGGCCCCCGCAGCUCUGCAAGACGGACGAGAUCGGGGAGAUCUGCGUCAGCUCCCGGACCGGGGGCAUGUCCUACUUCGGCCUCGCCGGGGUGACCAAGAGCACGUUUGAGGUGAUCCCGGUGAACGCGGCCGGGGCCGCCGUCGGCGACGUCCCCUUCGUCCGGUCGGGCCUGCUGGGAUUCGUCGGACCGGGGAGCCUGGUGUUCGUGGUGGGGAAAAUGGACGGGCUCCAGAUGGUCAGCGGUCGCCGACACAACGCCGACGACAUCGUCGCCACCGGCCUGGCCGUGGAGUCCAUCAAGACGGUCUACCGAGGGAGGAUCGCCGUGUUCUCCGUGUCCGUGUUCUACGACGAGCGCAUCGUGGUGGUGGCCGAGCAGCGGCCCGACGCCUCCGAGGAGGACAGCUUCCAGUGGAUGAGCCGCGUGCUCCAGGCCAUCGACAGCAUCCACCAAGUGGGCGUCUACUGUCUGGCCCUGGUCCCGGCCAACACGCUGCCCAAGACCCCGCUGGGAGGGAUCCACAUCUCGCAGACCAAGCAGCACUUCCUGGAGGGCUCCCUGCACCCGUGCAAUAUCCUCAUGUGCCCGCACACCUGCGUCACCAACCUGCCCAAGCCCCGCCAGAAGCAGCCAGUGGUGGGUCCGGCCUCCGUGCUGGUGGGGAACCUGGUGGCCGGGAAGCGGAUCGCCCAGGCGGCGGGCAGGGACCUGGGACAGAUCGAAGAGAACGACUUGGUGCGGAAGCACCAGUUCCUGGCGGAGGUGCUGCAGUGGAGAGCCCAGGCCACGCCCGACCACGUGCUCUUCCUCCUGCUCAACGCCAAGGGAACGACGGUGUGCACCGCCAGCUGCCUGCAGCUGCACAAGCGAGCGGAGCGGAUCGCCGCCACCCUGGGCGACAAGGGUCACCUCAACGCCGGGGACAGCGUGGUGCUGCUCUACCCUCCCGGCAUCGAUCUCAUCGCCGCCUUCUACGGCUGCCUGUACGCCGGGUGCGUCCCCGUGACCGUCCGGCCGCCCCACCCCCAGAACCUCACCGCCACCCUCCCCACCGUCCGCAUGAUCGUCGACGUCAGUAAAGCCGCCUGCAUCCUCACAACUCAGCCCCUCCUCAGGCUGCUCAAGUCCCGGGAGGCGGCGGGGGCUGUGGACGUGAAGACCUGGCCCACCGUCAUCGACACAGACGACUUGCCCAGGAGACGGCUACCUCAGCUGUACAAGCCCCCCACGGCCGAGAUGCUGGCCUACCUCGACUUCAGCGUCUCCACCACGGGCAUGCUCACCGGAGUCAAGAUGUCCCACGCCGCGGUGAACGCCCUGUGCCGAGCCGUGAAGCUGCAGUGCGAGCUGUACUCCUCCCGGCAGAUCGCCGUCUGCCUCGACCCCUACUGCGGCCUGGGCUUCGCCCUCUGGUGCCUCUGCAGCGUGUACUCGGGCCACCAGUCCAUCCUCAUCCCCCCGGCGGAGCUGGAGAACAACCUGUUCCUCUGGCUGGCCACCGUCAGCCAGUACCGCGUCCGGGACACUUUCUGCUCCUACUCCGUCAUGGAGCUGUGCACCAAGGGGCUCGGGAACCAGGUGGACGUGCUCAAGGCCCGGGGGAUCCAGCUGUCGUGCGUGCGGACGUGCGUGGUGGUGGCGGAGGAGCGCCCGCGGACGGCCCUGCAGCAUUCCUUCUCCAAGCUGUUCAAGGACAUCGGGCUGUCCCCGCGGGCCGUCAGCGCCACCUUCGGCUCCAGGGUCAACGUGGCCAUCUGUCUGCAGGGCACCUCGGGACCCGACCCCACCACCGUCUACGUGGAUCUGAAGUCGCUGAGACACGACAGGGUACGCCUCGUGGAACGGGGAGCCCCCCAGAGCCUGCUGCUCUCGGAGUCCGGGAAGAUCCUGCCCGGCGUCAAGGUGGUCAUCGUGAACCCGGACACCAAAGGGCCCGUCGGGGACUCCCACCUCGGAGAGGUGUGGGUGAACAGCCCGCACACGGCCAGCGGCUACUACACCAUCUACGACAACGAGACGCUGCAGGCCGACCACUUCAACACGCGCCUCAGCUUCGGGGACGCCGCGCAGACGCUCUGGGCCCGCACCGGCUACCUGGGGUUCGUCCGCCGGACGGAGCUCACGGCCGCCUCCGGAGAACGCCACGACGCCCUGUACGUGGUGGGAGCCCUGGACGAGACCCUGGAGCUGCGGGGGCUGCGCUACCACCCCACCGACAUCGAGACCUCCGUGUCCCGCACCCACCGCAGCAUCGCCGAAUGCGCCGUCUUCACCUGGACCAACCUGCUGGUGGUGGUGGUGGAGCUGUGCGGCUGCGAGCAGGAGGCCCUGGACCUGGUGCCCCUGGUGACCAACGUGGUCCUGGAAGAGCACUACCUCAUCGUCGGGGUCGUGGUGGUGGUGGACCCCGGGGUCAUCCCCAUCAACUCGCGGGGCGAGAAGCAGCGGAUGCACCUGCGCGACAGCUUCCUGGCCGACCAGCUGGACCCCAUCUACGUGGCCUACAACAUGUGAGCCGCCGGACGGACGGGGAGGCGAGGCCCCCGCCCGCAGGUGGACGGACGGGCCCCGGCCCCCGGCGCGGUCGGGGGCGG